GAGACUCCUUUUUCUAGUUUUGAAAUAUUCCUCAGAGUGGAUGUUUCUACCCAGAACCAACUCUCUCUCUUCUUACUCCCUAUCUCCCAACCUAUUCUCCCAACCUCUAUCCCAACCUAAAAAACUGUCUCUCAAAAUCAGGCUUCCUCAACCUCGGCCCUCCAGAUGUUUUUGGCCUACAACUCCCAUGAUCCCUAGCUAGCAGGACCAGUGGUCAGGGAUGAUGGGAAUUGUAGUCUCAAAACAUCUGGAGGGCAAAGGUUGAUGAAGCCUGCUCAACAUCCUCUCCUUUUCAACUCCCCCUCCUGGAACCCUGGCCAAUCAGAAGCUGCCGUUGGUUAACCAUUUGCUGGCAGGGAAAAAGGAAAACACCUGGUGACCCAACCUGCCAUCAAAAACAAACUUUUCCGUCACAACCCUCUUCUGAGAAAAUCCACUGGGUGUGAACCAGCCCUGUACAACUCAAGAUGACCCAGUUUGCAGGUUGCACUGACCUGUGGCAGCUCCACAGGGCCUUGAUAAGCCUCCUGGAUGUGUUGUUUGGCCAGGAUACUGAACAUUUUGUGUGUGUGGGUGGGUCACGAGUUGUGCAGGAUGACUGUCUAAAGAGCCUAGCUUGCUCCAUUGACCAGUCAGGUGGCGAUGAGGCAUCAAGCUUUUGUUCCAUUCUGGGGAGCCCUGAUGUUCUCUGGCAACAACUCUGUUUCCAGCUCACAGAGGAUUCACGCUGUCAGCAGCCUUUCACAGGCAGAGAUCCUUUGCCUCUGAGGGUCCUCAUCCGCCGCUGGUGGUUGCUCCUAGGAGAAAAUACAACACCAUGAGGAAGAGCUGGUCUGCCUGGUACUGGGUCGUGGUGCUCCUGGUCGCUCUCGUCAGCGAGCCUGCCUUUUGCCGCAGGGGAGGAGGAAGAGGAGGUGGUGGAGGUGGCAGCAAAAGCGGAGGGUCAUCGCGUGGCGGGUUCCACUCCCUGCCAAAGAGCAGCAGCAGCAGUAGUGGGCAAAGCUCCAGCAGCAGCCGCGGCGCGAAAGUGGCAGGGGCCGCAGCAGUGGGGGCAGCCGUGGGAUACGGCCUGAGCUCCCUCGGGAGGUCUCGCUUCUCCCGAGGAGGGCAAGGCUCUUCGUCGGCUGGCAAGCAGAUGUCGCAGCCCGGAUUCCAGAACCCCAACUGGUCGGACCCCAUGAUGGAAGGCGAGCUCUACAGUCAAGCGGCCAAGGACCCCCAGGCAGGGACCCUCCUGACCUUCUCCCCCGUGGUGUGGGGCGUCACCUGCCUCCUGCUCCAGGGCUGAGGCAGAGCCCUAUCGUCCCCAGAGAGGAGCAGGCCCUGGAGGGCAUUGUGUGCUGUGCUGUGAAGGAUGGCGUUGGUGGUAGCUUGUAGUGAGAAAGAGGCUGGUGUGAGGUUCAGCAGUGGCAAAGGUCAGGGCCAGCCUGCCCAUGAAGAGUUUGAAGAGUUUGGAUUUGAUAUCCCGCUUUAUCACUACCCUAGGGAGUCUCAAAGCGGCUAACAAUCUCCUUUUCCCUUCCUCCCUCACAAUAAACACUCUGAGGUGAGUGGGGCUGAGAGACUUCAAAGAAAUGUGACUAGCCCAAGGUCACCCAGCAGCUGCAUGUGGAGGAGCGGGGAAUUGAACCCGGUUCACCAGAUUACGAGUCCACUGCUCCUAACCACUACACCACACUGGCUCUCAUGAGGUGGGCUAAGGCAGCGACACCCCAAGAGGCAGUGCCCAUGCCGGUGCCCCACUGCCAGUGGAGAAGCGGUGGCGGCUUCCAAUUGUUAACGGAGAAAUCUGAAGGCUCCCUUGGACAAAAAACAAGGACACCAGCCAGGAAUACCAGAGCAAAACAGCAGCCAGUAGGCUUGGUCUUUAUUGAAGACUGUUGCGACCGGACUCCCACCUGCCACAAGGUGGAACAAGAUGGAAGCCCCCAACAAAAGAGCCCCCCAAAUUUUAUUAGCUGCUAAUCCCCAUGUUACAUCCCCCCUAAACUACAUCACUAAUACAUCAUGCCUACAUCAUGAAAGGGGAGGUUUGGUGGCAGUAAUCUGAGCAUCCUGGACCCUGCCCCAUGGUUCCCCUUGCCCUCCACCAAACACCCAUCAAGUGUAACAAAAAAGAUAUUUACAUCUCCCUGUUUCCCAGCCAAGUUAAUCACAUCCUUUUGUCUUCAUCUGGGUUUGUUAUUUCUGGAAUGGCUACCUGUCUGGCACUCAGGUAUCAGGAUGCCAGGAAUUAUCACUCAGGCAGAGGGGCUGCUGAGUAGCUGAGCUCACAUGUCUAUAGGAAUUUCUGAAGUUUUCCCAGUGAGCCAGGACAUAGAUACAUUAAUCAGUGAAUUCUUACAUUUGGUAUCGUGCAGCAGAGGCCCUUUGAACAGAUAGGAAGAAACUGUCAUGAAAAGUUUGUGGGGGCAAAUCACAAAAGUCA